UCGAGGAGCUGGUGCGGCGCGCGGUGGCCGUGGCCGGGGUAGCGGCGCAGCCCGCGGGCAUGUCAACGCUGGCCCUGGAAUUCUCGGGGAAAGGCCUGCUCUUAUUUCGGCAACACCUGAACAACAAAAUAUGCUUCAGCAAAUCGUAAAUAACAAUACGGACGGAUCUCACGGCCACUCGAAAAAUAAUAAUGCUCAAUCCAACCAGAAAAACGACAGGGGCCGUGGUAAAAGGGACAGGCCCAUGGGCUUUAAAAUGCUAGAGGAAAUAUCUAAAUCUGAUAGCGUCGAUAUAAUUGAAAAGAUUAACCAGCAGAAAGCAUUCUUCACCCGUUUAUUAGAUACAGCUGUCGACAAGAAGAAAAGCGACAUAUUCUUUUUGGUCCUUGAACUGAUUACUAACGUUUGGAAAACUUCCUUCGAGGAAUCUAAGAAGUUGCUUCUUCUGGAUUUAUGUAACACUAAAUUUAUUGACCAUUUGCAACUGUACUUGAUGAAGUUACCGUACACCAUGAGCAGGGAGGACAAGUAUUUCAACAAGUACUACUGGAAUAGGGAGCAAGAAUUUUGGAAUAAUUUCAUGAAUUUUUGCGAGUAUCUUGUGAACGUUUCACCGGCAACGGCGGUGCACAAGUGCGGGGCGCUGAUCGAGGCUACCAGCAAAAGCUGUUUGGAGGGCUUGAAGGAGAGACAAGGGUUCGAGUUACCGGAGGAAUACACGGCAAGAAUGACUAAAAUUCGGGAAAGUCUAAAAGUCUGCGAUCAGGUACAGAUUGAGAACCAGGGGAGAUCAGAAGGGAUAGAUGAAGUCGGCGAGCCCCUCGAGAGUUUCCGUGAGCUGAGCGUGCUGCCCUCGGGCUCGGAGCUGCUGGAGCGGCGGCCGUUCCUGCGGCCCAACGUCGUGGAGGGCGCCUACGCGGACGUGGAGCACUACCUGGACGUGCAGUUCCGGCUGCUGCGCGAGGACUGCUUCGGACCGCUCAGGGAAGGGAUACAUCAAUACAUCGAAGAUCCCAGGAGAAGGAAAUAUGAUAACAUACGUGUCUACAAGAACGUAAAAUUUUUAGAACCAUACGCUUCGAAGCAAAAAAUUGGUUCUAUUGUACUCCUCGAUGAGAGCACUAUGAAGAUGUUCAAGAGUGUGAACUGGGCGCACAGCAAACGGUUCCUGUUUGGUUCCCUCGUGGUCUUCACCAAGGAUAACUGCAAGAGCUUCCUUGUGGGAACCAUUUUGGAACGUGAUGAAAAAUUCUUGCAUAAGAGACAGUUACCAGUCAAUAUUGUAAACUCUGCAAUGGGCUCCAACUUAUACAACGACGAUCCAUACAUAAUGAUAGAGUGCGAAGUUUACUUCGAGCCAUACUAUCACGUGCUAAAAGCGCUUCAGGACCCCGGAUUCCCGGAGCACUUGGCUAUGAGCAAAUACAUUGUCGAUGUUGAAAAAAUUCCCGAAAAACCAGCUUACCUCACUCCGGGAACCAAUUAUCAAAUUCAAAAUAAAGACCUCGAAGACGUGGAAUUCGCUGUUUUGGAAGAUCACAGCUGGCCGUUGCAAACUGAGCUGUGCUUGAAUAAUACCCAGUAUGAAGCGUACAAGCUGGCGCUCACCCACGAGUUCGCCGUGAUUCAGGGCCCGCCGGGCACCGGCAAAACCUACCUCGGUGUCAAAGUCGCGGAAACUUUACUUAAAUACGCACCAUUCCCUGAAAUCCGAUGUUGCAUGCUUGUCAUAUGCUACACAAAUCACGCCCUUGAUCAAUUUCUAGAGGCUCUUUUACCUAUCACCGAGUCUUUGGCACGCAUUGGCGGCAGAUCACGAAACGAAGCGUUGAAUCAAUUUAACAUAAAUAAUUUGAGGCGUAAAAACAACAGCAGUUAUUAUCAUGAAAGGAGAAUUGAGUUAAAAACGCUGAUCAGUGCAUUAGAUCACGCACAAGCUCGUGUCGAUGCCUUGAACUCUGGAGUCUUGAGCUACAAAAGUAUUCUACCAUACAACGAAGAGUGUAAAAUACUUGAAAACUUCUAUAGAGGGAGAAAUAUAAAAGAUGUUCUAAAACAUUGGCUUUUUGAAAAUGUGGAGGAUGUUCAAAUUGAUCCUACAUUAUUAGAACAAGUUGAAAAUGAUCAGCCAGAUGAACCUGUUAUUAACAACGCAGAUGUCGAUGACGAUAUCUUUGCUAGAGAUGAAAUCGAUUACGAUGAUUUGGGUGAUGAUGGCUUUCCGGGAGAAAAACCAGGCUAUGACGCCGUUACUACAUCUUUCUCGUUGCCUGACAAAGAAGAGGAGAUAAAAUCUCUAUUGCGAAGGUUUCAAGAUCUACAAAACACCGGCAGUUCGCGAUAUGAUUUAAGGGAAUUAGAAAAGGAGAUAUGUCAUGUGUAUUCAGAAAUGAAACUUUUGAAAGAUAUGUUGGAACAUCGGUCCCGACCUCCAAGGAUUCGCCUAACUAAUGCACUAGAUUUGACUACUGUUCCCCGUAUAGACCGUUGGUCAUUGUACUUUAAAUGGGCCCAUGUAGCCAUGGAGGACGUGAAGAAAAGAAUUAAACAAAUUGAGGAGAGGUUGCGCUCUGCCGCAGUGGCCUAUGAAGAGGCCAGGAUGAUGGUCGACCUGUCCGUACUGAAAAGAACUAGAGUCGUUGGAAUGACCACGAGUGGGGCAGCUAGACUGCGCAAGUUGUUAGCAGAAAUAGCAGCUCCAAUAGUGGUGGUAGAGGAGGCCGCAGAAGUCCUGGAGUCGCAUAUAGUAACGUCUCUUACAAAAAGUUGCCAGCACUUGAUUCUCAUAGGGGACCACCAGCAGCUGCGGCCGUCGGCGGCGUACCUGCGUCUGGCGCGGCACUACCAGCUGGAGGUGUCGCUGUUCGAGCGCAUGAUCCGCAACGGCGUGCACAGCCGCCGGCUCGGCGUGCAGCACCGCAUGCGGCCCGAGAUCGCGGCGCUCGUCUCGCCGCACAUCUACCCCGACUUGCAGAACCACCGCUCCGUCGAGGACUUCCCGCCCGUGCGCGGCGUCGCCCACAAUCUCUUCUUCUUUUCCCAUGACUACAGGGAACAAUGUGAAAACGACAGUUCAAGUCGUACAAACACCCAGGAAGCUGACUUGGUGCUCCGUCUGGCGAACUACUUGAUGCAGCAGGGCUACAGACCUGAGGAAGUCACCAUUCUCGCCGCCUACUCCGGCCAAUUGUUCUACAUGCGAAAACAACGGCCACUGUACGAUCAUCUGUCAAACGUGAAGAUCACAGUCCUGGACAACUACCAGGGCGAGGAGUCGAAGAUAAUCCUGCUGUCGCUGGUGCGCAACAACGACAACGACAGCAUCGGCUUCCUGGGCACCGAGAACAGGAUCUGCGUCGCCUUGUCCAGGGCCAGGGAAGGUUUCUUUAUAUUCGGAAACAUCGAUUUACUCAAGAGGAAAUCAGAACUGUGGAAAAAAAUUGCAGCUACUUUGGAGAAAAAUGAAUCUCUUGGAACGAGUUUGAAGCUAAAAUGUGAUAAUCACAACGGACAAAUUACUACGAUAACGUCAGUGAGUGAUUUCGUAAAAGUUCCCGAAGGCGGUUGUCUGUUGGAUUGUAAAUACAACUUGCCGUGCGGGCAUGCUUGCCCUCGUGUUUGCCACGCAUAUGACUUGGUACAUGCGAAAAUACAAUGCACCAAGGAUUGUGAAAGGAAAAUUUGCCAAAUCGAAGGUCACAAAUGCCCGUUCAAAUGCGCUGAAGAAUGCCAGCCGUGCAAGCGGCUCGUGGAUAAGUCGCUUCCCUGCGGCCACAACAAAGCAGUUCCGUGCUUCAAGGAGCCCGGUGACACGUCUGUACAGUGCACGGCGCCGGUCGACGUCACUUUACCUGACUGCGGACACCAAGCAACAAAAGAGUGUUACAUGAAGACAUCCGAUGUCAAAUGCCAAGACAAGUGCCCGAACAGCAGGCUCAAGUGCGGGCACGCGUGCCGCAGAAAGUGUCACGUCAAUGAUGAUCCGGACCAUGUUAGGUACACUUGCCUGAAAGCGUGCCCGAAAGUUAAGAAAGGCUGCACGGCUAACUUGGAAGGGGAUCUCGGCGAACACAAAUGUCUACGUUCCUGUUUCGAAGAGUGUGUCGAAUGCAACGUCCAGGUUAUCAAGAAGAGGUCCGGAUGUACACACUCGAAGAGAGUGGCUUGUCACGAAGAUGUGAACGCGGAGCCUUGCCGGGAGAAGUGCGCGCGCUCGCUGCCCUGCGGCCACCACUGCAAGAAGCUGUGCUUCGAGAAAUGCGGGGAUUGCAAGCAAAAGACGAAAAAACCCUUACCAGGCUGCAACCACAAAAUAGUGAUCGAGUGCGGAACGGAGCCAACCCGAGACCUGUGCAGACUGAAAUGUGAACGCAUCAUGGCGUGCGGCCAUGCUUGUCAGGCGCAGUGCGGCCAGCCGUGUGAUAUGUCCAAGUGUACUGAAAUCACAUCGCACAGUUUCCCGUCGCCUUGUGGCCAUAACGUGCAGCUGCCUUGCAACGUGAUGUCCCAGCAAGCUACACAGACAGGAUCUGUGUCGGUGGAGAUGCUGCUCUCUCAGUGUGCAGCGCCGUGCGGCGCGCUGCUCCGCUGCGGGCACUCGUGCGGCGGCUCGUGCGCCGGCUGUCGCCAGGGCCGCCUGCACCGGCCCUGCGCCGCGCGCUGCCACCAGCUCAACAUCUGCGGACACAGAUGCGAGGAGCCGUGCAACCAGGUGUGCCCGCCGUGCCGCCGCAAGUGCGAGGUCAAGUGCCCGCACUCGCCGUGCUCCAACCUGUGCGGCGCGCCCUGCACUAUGUGCUCGGAGACUCCGUGCGGUCGCUCGUGCGUGCAUUCGGCAUGCAAACGCCCUUGCGGCGCGCCGUGUGACCGAGCGCCGUGCUCUGAGGCGUGUCCGCUCGCGCUGGCGUGCGGGCACCCGUGCCGCGGGCUCUGCGGCGAGCCCUGCCCGCCGGCCUGCCGCCUCUGCGACCCCGAGGGCUUCCCCACCGACCUGCUAGGCGACCCGUACGAAGAUGAUGCUAAAUUAAUUCAGCUACAGGAUUGCCCUCACAUUUUCGAUGUCGAUACCUUGGAUACUCUAAUGAACAGCAGGGACGAUACUGUUCAACUCAAAGCAUGUCCUUGGUGUCGUCAACCUAUUGUCAAUACGCAUCGGUACAAAGACCUGAUCAAUAAAUUACUGAAAAACGACAUCAAUCCAAUAAAGGCAAGGGUGUAUGGGACGGACGCCCAAAGAAGAACGAAGAAAACGGAAAUGCUUCAGAAAGUAAUGGAACUAACCGACGCCCAUAGGAGAACUAUCUUAGAAAGUAAAGAAUGGAGCAAUGCCUUACAUAUGAUGUAUAAGAUUAUCAAACGAGCGCAAAAUGACAGAAAAAUAUCACUUCUACAGUUGGAGAUGAACGAUAUAUACAUGAACUUCUUAGAUACUGUCGGACAAUACUAUAUGAAGUACAAAGAUUUAUAUUUAUCGCAACUGGAAGUGGAAAUGAAAACUCAGGUGACACUGCUUUGCAACGUACUCAUUACUAAUUCACAUAAGAUCAGUGAGCAACAACAAUUGGACAUAGACAAUGAGCUUAAACGGAUGAAUUCGAUGAUCCAAUUAGCUAAGAUAUUAAGCCACGAAAGCUAUAAAUCUUCGAAGUCUAAUGAUAUUGUGAUGCAAGCCACUGCCGCGGCAAACGACGCUGUUCUGAGUUGGCGCGUAUUUGACGAAGCUAAGGGAGUGGAAUGCUUGUUGAAACUUCAAAAUGCGGUGAAGUUGUCGGGCAUAGCUAGCAUGGAGGAGCGCGCUAUGGUUGUGAGAGCGAUAGGGCUGAGGGCGGGACACUGGUACAAGUGUCCCAACGGGCACUUCUACUGCAUCGGCGAGUGCGGCGGCGCCAUGCAGCUGUCGCGUUGCCCCGACUGUGGAGCGGCCAUUGGUGGCCAGCGACAUGCGUUGACCGCGGGCAACCAACACGCCAGGGAGAUGGACGGAUCACGGUUCGCUGCCUGGUCUGAGGAAGCUAACAAUAUGGCGAAUUUCAAUUUUGAUUAGGAUAAGCUUUCACUGUCUAAA